GACCGCACAGCAGGCAGCACACCAUAUUGCCGACUACUUUUGACACAUAUAAUCAUAGCUUCGGGGGUCUGUUUGUGCGUGUGAUUAUGUGUGGGUAUGCUGUCGGAACGCAAUGAGAGCGCCUCACACACAAGAACGUCACACACAGACUAUGUGCCACUCGCGCGACAAGAGUGGCAGCUGCUGGCCAGCCAUCAGGCACCCCCGACAUACAGACACACACGUAGACAGACACAAGGCCUUACACACACAAACACACAUCAGACCACGACCAUUGUUACACAGUGUCUACCGCUUGUACUUCGCCAUGAUCUCUAUGAUCUCCGGCUCUUCCUCCGCCAUAUCCCACGGCGUCUUCCCCUGUCGUUGAGCACAUCACUCGACCCAUCGAUGGUGUGAAUGUCUGUGUGCACUCACCUCGUUGUCUUUGAUGUCGACCAGAGCACCGCCGCCCCACUCGAGCCUUUGAGGAUGACACAGAGGCAGAGAGAGAGUGGGUGAGACACUCGCGUCAGUCAGUCAUCUGUGUCGCUCACAGCUGAGACACAGCUGCAGAGUUGCCAUGGCGCGCAGCCCCCCAUACAGCCCAAUGGAGUGCCGUCCUGUUGUCCUGUGUGUGUCAUGCAAACAGGCAAAGGCAAUCAGACAGAUGAGAGGCAUUCUGUUUCUGUUUCGCGUGUGAGGUCUGACCUCGUCCUUCUGAGUGAGAAGCUCUUCCCCUCCUUUGGCAUACAAAACCUCCAUCACCUCGACAUGACCAAUGCCGGCAGCAAAGAAGAAUGGCGUCUUGCCAAACUGCAAUCAAGACACACGCACACACACAAUCGACACAAAGGAGGUGUCAGAGACGUGUGUGUGCUCUGUUGCCUUGUCGGCUGCAUCGAUCAGUUCGGGAUUCCACUCCAGCAGCUGAUUGACAGCCGCAACAUGACCAUCGUAGGCAGCGAGGUGCAGGGCAUUCUUUUUAUCCUGCAUUGCAUCACAGCCAACACACACAUCGCUCCUCAUCACCAGCAGCACAGAUCAUUCUGUGUCUGUGUCGGUACCGCGUACGUCUGCUGUUUGCUGCAGUACGUCAGGUUUGCUCUCAUGGAUGACUUUCAUGACGCUCACGUGACCCUCCUGUGCAGCCACGAGGAAGGGCGUCAUCUGCGCGCGGGAAUGAGAACACACAGCCAGACCACUGAGCGCAUUUCUGUCGUCUUUACGAUUGCAUACCUUGAAGGUGUUUCGUUUGUCGAGUAUGUCCUUGCCGUCUCGGGCGAUGAGCGAACGAACGUCUUGCGUAUCGCCGGCCUUGGCGGCAUCGAAAAUGUCAUUCUGACACAAGCAGCACAAGAACAGCGGCCAAUUGACGUGUGGGGUUCAGCUGCCGUCGCCCUUACGUGUUUGAUCUGUGGCUUGGACCGGCGCGGGUGCUGGGGAGGGGCCUCGGUCGCUGAGCUUGUCCAGCAGCUUAUUGCAAUAUGCAGCACACCAGAUGCACAGACAGACAUAGUGCAGACGACAUUGGCUAUGCAACAUAGCGUACACAUUGGCCCUUUCAUUGACAUCGCCCUAAUCCGACCUCUUGUGCGCUCGGCCGGCUUUUGGCAUUGAAGGCGAAACAGCUCUGAUUGGCCACGCGAACAACGAGAGAGUCACAUCCACCAUUUAUGCAGCACUGUGCGCCCAAUGUCUUGCCUGGAUGGCCUGUUUGACAUUGACGGGGGCACUCUGGGGGAUAGGGGGCGUCUGCACGACACAGAGACACGCGUGCUGACAGAUGUUGGUCCACACAGUUGUGCAGCCGCACACCUCUUUGUUAUCGUAUAUCUUCUGCUUGAUUUGUCCCUUGCUGAGGCCGGCGAAGGGCGGAGACGCUGCAGACACAAAUGGCAUACCGACGCACCUGUCUGACGUCCUGUCUGCCGUGGUCUCUGUGUCUCACUCACUCACCGCCGAAUAUCUCAGCAAAGAUCAGCCCGACUGACCAGAUGUCCGACUUGAGCUCCAACUUGGGCCCUGAGAGACGUCAAGAGUCUCAUGAGGUGUCUGUGUGUGUCAUGCUGUGGUCACUUUCUGUGAGGGCCUCUGGAGAGGCAUACACUGGAGUUCCCGCUGGAACCACGGAUCCAAUGGGUCGCUCUGAAAGAUACAUGAUUUGCGUCUUCUCACCGAACUCAAUGAAGCUCAGGUGCGACCUCUGGUCCGGCAUAACCCAAGCUAGACCAAAGUCUGAGAGCUUCACAUUUCCAUCGUUGUCCAACUGCACAUCAAGCAGCGGAGACACACGGAUGCGUACACAGAGAAUGUGACUGCUGUAUGUCCCAGUCACCAGAACGUUGUCAGGCUUGAGGUCGCGAUGGCCGAUGCCGUGGCUAUGAGCAUGGAUCAGGCCCUCACAUAUCUGGCAAACACAAAACACCGAUAUUCGCGUCGAAGUGGGAAGCGUAUCGCCCGCCUCACCUGCUUGGCAUAUUUAUACUGCAGGUGCUCAGGGACUUCCCCCGCCCUCUGACGCAGUUUCUUGAGGCACUUGUCCAGUGAGUCCUCGUAAUAUUCUGCAGAAGGGACGGCAUGCAAUGUUCUGUCUGUUGUUGUAUCCUCACCCAUGACGAGAAAGGGGAUUUUCCUGCCGUAGCACACGCCCAGCAACUUCACCACGUGCGGGUGCUGCAGACGGGCCAAUGCGUCCGCUUCCUGUAGAACUCUGUCUUUCAGACCCUGCACAGUUGCACGUCCGGCCCAGCCGAUGUCAUUGCCGCCGAUUACACAUUGCUACCUCUUUGCCCAGUACGUCUUCCAGUUCCCUUUUGGCCCUCUUGAUGGCGACUCUCCGAUCCCCCCACAUGGCCCUGUACACCAAUGCGAAACCGCCGCCUCCUGACAGGGCAGUCCACCCAAACGAGUGUCCGGUGUGUGAAUGAGUCGGCUCCGUGUUUCUCACCAACGUAGUCUUCUUCUUCAUCCCAGUGAAGAUCAUGGAUGUUAAUUACGCAAGGGCGCGCUUUCUAAUGAAAUUUGGGGGGCGACGGGAGUGAUAGGUAACUAUAGGUGCAUCAGGACCGCAUGAUGCCCGCUGUCAC